CGGUUAUUUUCGUCCGUCGGUUGAUGUUUCUGAAACUGAUAAAAAUUAUGUCAUAGAAGCCGAGGUUCCUGGCAUGAAAAAAGAUGAUCUUUCAGUUGAAUUUGUUGAUAAUACUUUGACUUUAAAAGGAAAAGUUGAAAAAUCUAACGAUCAAUUAAGAACUAUUGAUACGACGCAGUCUACUGGUGACGUAGUUGAAAGUGGUCGAGAAGGUACAUCCGUCGCAGAGCCUACUUAUUGGACUAACGAAAGAAUUUUAGGAAGUUUUCAACGUUCUUUUACACUUCCUAAUAAUGCUGAUAAGGAAAAUGUUAAAGCGCAAUAUAAAGAUGGAAUUUUGUCUAUUAUCGUUCCUAAGGUCGAACGUCAAAGUCAAAAGAUUACCAUUGAAUAA